CUGUCCGUGCAGGCGAUGGGGUUCUCGGCGGCGCUGCAGGGCAAGGCGGCCCACGAGGCGCUGCUGCUGCGCCAGGACGCCGAGCUGCGCCUGCUCGACCUGAUGCGGCGCUGCAUCCACAGCAAGGUGCGCUCCGACCGCGACUACGCCCUCGCCCUCGGCGCGCUGGUGCAGCAGGGCCUCAAGGUGGAGCGGCCCGAGGACCUGGCCGGCAGCCUGGUGGCCAAGGCAUGGCGGGGCAUUAUGGAGGAACUGGACAACACGGGUAGAGCGGUUCGCCAGAACGCUGAGAGCUUGGAGAAGGAAACCCUGGAGAAGCUCAACACCCUGUACACGGAGAAGCGCAAGGCCCGCAAGAACUACCAGGAAGAGCACAGCAGAAUCGCUCAGCAGUUCACCCAUUUGAGCGAGGACGUGGCGCGGAAGAAGACGGAGUACACCAAGGCCCUGGAGGCGUACAAGAUCACGAGGGGCAGAUUCGAGGAGCACUACAUCAAAGCGGGGCGCGGAGGCCGCAAGCUGGAGGACGUGAGCGCCAAGUACCAGAACGCGUGCCGCAAGCUGCACCUCACGCACAACGAGUACGUGCUGCUGCUCAGCGAGGCCAGCGAGUUCGAGAGGGACUUCCGCACGGUCCUGCUGCCCGGGCUGCUGGAGUGCCAGCAGUCCCUGCAGGAGGGGUUCAUAUCCUCGUGGCGCUCUGUUUUGCAAGAGCUGGCAAAACAUUCUAAUCUAAGUGAUGAAAGGUUUGUUGAAAUUCAAAACAGAAUGAAUGGGUGCGCAGAACAAGUGAGACCAUCAGAAGAGUAUAAAGAUUUCACAGAAAAGCACAAAACAUGCCCAGCCAACCCAGUUAAUUUUACAUUUGAUGAAUCUCUUGUCGAGGAUUCUAGUAGCCUUCUAGCCAACACCCUUGCGGUUGAUAAUCUUACCAUUGACUGGCUCCGCCACAAGCAGAUAGAGCUCGAAGCCAGACUCCGUGACAAUCAAGAAAGACAGGUAGCCCUACGUACAGCAGCAGCAGGUGCAGAAUCGAGUGGCGGCUCAUCUCCUGAAGUUCACAGGCUGUUUAUUGUGGAUGCUGUCCGUAAGGAAUUAAAUGAGGUCCGAUGUGAGGAACAUAAAAUUUCUAGGCAGGCAGAAGUUAUUAAAAAUGCUCUUGCUUCACUUGGCUGUGAAGAAGCCCCACCUGGUUGUGAUAUUCCUUUGGAAUCAUCUUUUAUUGAAACUUCAGAACAAUUACAGGAUGAUCCAUCAUCUCUAGUUCACAAACGUAAUUUUGCUCAGCAACGUCUAGUCAGCAUUCUAAGGAAGCCAUUCCGCAGAAAAUCUGUGCCAACGUCACCUGUAGGUGCAAGGAGGAACAACCAUGAAGACAUUGGAAGUGGCGUUAGCAACGGGGUGGAGGUGGAGGGAGAUAUGGAACAGCUGGUGAGGACUGUGGUUGAUUUUGAAGAUGACCAGUUGUUGCAUUGCCCUGCUGGUACCGAAGGGAAUGAUGGCCGAGGACUGGACAUGUCGCCACCAUCACCCCACCGCUUCUUGUUAAAUAACCAGGAUUGUGUUGCUGAUGCUGCUAAUCCCUGCCUGGUGCUAAAUUCCUUAAAUUGUGAUAUGGAUUCAGUAAGCACCACCAGAACUUUAGCAGAUGAGGAAUGGUUCCACGGUGUUCUUCCUCGUGAAGAAGUUGUGAGAUUAUUGAAACAUGAAGGGGACUUUUUGGUUCGUCAAACAACGAGAAAUGAUGAGUGUCAAACUGUACUUUCAGUUUCAUGGGGUGGCCAUAAACACUUCAUUGUCCAAACUACUGCUGAAGGACAAUAUAGGUUUGAAGGCCCUGCAUUCCCGACUAUAUCAGCUUUAAUAGCCUAUCAAUAUAAUAAUGGUCAACCUGUUACAAGUCGAUCUGGUGCCAUACUUAGGCAUCCAAUUCCAAGAGAAAGAUGGGAGCUAAAUAAUGACGAUAUUGUUUUACAAGACAAAAUAGGGCGUGGAAACUUUGGAGAUGUUUAUAAGGCCCAACUGAAGCCAGGCAGGCAGGAAGUUGCAGUAAAAACUUGUAGAGUUCAACUUCCUGAGGACCACAAGCGCAAGUUUCUGCAAGAGGGCAGGAUAUUGAAACAGUAUGACCAUCCAAAUAUUGUUCGCCUAAUAGGCAUUGCAGUUCAGAAACAGCCAAUAAUGAUUGUGAUGGAACUUGUGCCAGGGGGCUCUUUGCUUGUUUUCUUGAGAAAUCAUGCAGCGAUUUUAUCAGAGAAACAAUUAGUAGCCAUGUGUCGUGAUGUUGCUGGGGGAAUGCGAUAUCUGGAGAGUAAAAAUUGCAUCCAUAGAGAUCUUGCGGCACGGAAUUGUCUUGUUGGUCAUGAAAACAUCGUCAAAAUUUCUGAUUUUGGCAUGUCUAGAGAAGAGGAGGAAUACAUUGUUUCCGAUGGAAUGAAACAGAUUCCCAUCAAAUGGACUGCACCUGAAGCUCUAAAUUUUGGAAAAUAUACUUCAUUGUGUGAUGUAUGGAGCUAUGGAAUAUUAUGUUGGGAAGUGUUUUCAAGAGGAGGAACCCCUUAUGCAGGAUUCAGCAACACAAAAGCCAGAGAAAAAAUAGAUGCAGGAUAUCGGAUGCCGUCACCAGAUGGAACACCAGAAGACAUGUAUAGACUCAUGCUCCGAUGUUGGGAAACAGAACCGCAAAGAAGACCCCAUUUUCAUCAAAUAUAUACGAUAGUUGAUACGCUGUACGGCACUUACAGAUGAAAAUGUUAUGUCAGGGCCCCUAAAGUUAACCAUAUGUAUAGAACAAUGUUGUAUUAAUUUUAUUGUCCAUGAUAUAUGUAUUAUAUUUUCAACAGUUGUUUUUCUUGUUUUUUUUUUUGUGAUGGAUGUAUUUAUUAGUGUAUGUGCCCCUGAAUUAUUCUUUUGUGAUUCUCAACUCUGUUGUUAUUUAUAUUGCUUUAAUAAAGCAGAAUAAAGGCUGAAUACAUGUCUAAAUUCAGCAAAUAUAUUAUUUCAUAAAAGAGUUCUUAUCCUAAGUCAUAUAUGUUUUGAAAUUGCCUAGUGUAUGUUGCCUUUAUCUGGCAUGUGUUUCUAAAGAAGGAACUCAGUGGAAAGACAUCAGAAUCAUGGGUGUUAUUUUCUUUUAACUUUCCAACAACAAUGUGGCACCUUCUGAUUUUGAUGUUGUCCCUGUGGAAAUUCUAAUUGGUCAUUAUCCACUUAAAUUUUGUGACAUUUAUUGAUGUUGUGAGUGAAGAGGAUUUUAAAAAAAUGCAGAUUGUUGUGUAAGCUUCCGAUAAGAAAUGUUAAGUACUGAUUUGAAGUGCCAUACAUGCCAUCCACAAAUAUAUAAAGUAAAAUUGUGAUUAA